AUAACCCAAUCAAAUCAAUGUUUUAAAAUUUUUCACCAAACUUUGGUGAAAACGCUGAUUGGUUGAAAGUCCAAAAUGAUGUCCAAUGAGAAAAUGGUAUUUCAUUGCGUCCACAUAACCAUACACAAAGAAAGCAUGGCGUCUCCUAUGAGUGACUACGUAAAAGAAUGUGUUAAGUUACUUCUCGAUUCUUUGCAAAAUAUGAAUAUGUCGAAAUUGAAACCAGAGCAGUUUGAGGAUCUGCAUCAUUAUCUUCUGGGGGAUGAUGUAUUUUGCUUGCUGCCCACAGGUUACGGCAAGUCCCUGAUAUUAACUCUUAACAUCCCAUACCGCCCGAUACCGCCCCUGAGCCAUAAUCCCAUACCGCCCGAUACCGCCCGUAAACAAUGGUUAUCGAUCGACAUCGUUUUUCACUGCCAUAUCUUGUAUAACUAAGCUCUCCAGUGUUUGGAGGUAUCAAACGAAGUCAACGUGACUCAGUGAAUUUUGACUAUCGAUUUUGAGCAAUUUUUUAAAACUUUCGGACGUUAGACAUCAUAGGAAAAUGGAGGACUCCGGUAGCGACAGUGAUCCUGAAUUUUCUCAAUUCCUACAGGAAUGUAUUGAAGCAAGAAAUAAUGAUUUUUGUGAAGAUAAUCAGAGUGACAUUUCGGUGUCGUCAGUUCAUUCUAGCGACCUGAGCGAUCUCAGUGAGGGCGACAGCGACGACGACUAUGACUUACCUGUUGGUCGACAAGAUCAGGAGUGGACACGUAACGUUUGUAAUCAACAUCGUGAGCCGUUCACUAGUUUUGUUGGGCCAACAAUGCCAUUGCCUUUGGAUGCUGAACCUAUUGAAUAUUUUCUACAGCUCUUCCCUGCUCACCUGUUUGAUCAAAUAGCCAUGGAAACAACACGCUAUGCUGCCCAGAAAGGUAAUGACAAUUUCCACACGACAGCUGAUGAAAUCAAGGCUUACCUAGGCCUACUGUUCUUGAUGGGGGUAGUUAAAUUACCCAAUUACAGGUGUUACUGGAGCACAAGAGAAGAACUACAUCAAACUAGUAUUUCAAAGGUCAUGCCAAGGAAAAGAUAUGAGGAGCUGACAAGUUACUUUCACCUAAACGACUCUCAGUCAAACCCCGCCCGAGGUCAACCUGGUCAUGACAAACUACAUAAGGUGAGGCCAAUAAUUGACAAUGCUAAGGAACAAUUCUUUAGUCAUUAUAGCCCCAGUAGAAACCUGUCUGUGGAUGAAGCAAUGGUAAAAUUUAAGGGGAGGUGCCCAUUUCUGCAAUAUAUACCUGCAAAACCGUGCAAGUGGGGGAUCAAAUCGUGGGCAGUAACAGAUGCUGAGACAUUUUAUUUACUGGAUCUGAACAUUUAUACAGGCAAACAUGAUGACACAACAUCUCAACUUCCAGUUAGCACAAGGGUAGUCUUAGAACUUGUAGAGGCUUAUUAUAACAAGCAUCACCAUGUGUACUUUGACAAUUAUUUUACAUCAAUGCCAUUAUUAGAAACACUGCUUGUUAACGGCACAUACGCCUGCGGUACGGUCAGAUUGAAUAGAAAAGGCAUUCCAAAAGAGCUCCAAGCAGCAAAAUUUAAGCAGUCUGGUGAGCACUUGAAACUUCAGAAAGGUGACAUCAUGGCAGUUUCUUGGUGUGAGAAGAAAAGAAAAGUGAGCGUGCUUUCCAGUGCCAAUGAUGUUGGUGACAUUCAGCUUGAUCGCCCAGGUAAACGCCGUCAACCAAGACAAUCUUACCCCAAGCCCAUUGCAAUACAAGACUACAGCAACAACUACAAUGGUGUUGACAAAUCUGAUCAACUCAGGUCAUACUAUGGUAUUGCCAAUAAAGCAAAGAAAUGGUGGAAAUAUAUAUUUUGGUUUAUCUGUGAUGUCACCAUGGUAAAUUCAUUCAUCCUAUAUACACAUGCACCAGGUGGGCCACGUCGAAAUCCAAUGUCACACCUGGAAUUUCACCUGGAUGUUGCUAAAGGGUUAAUUGGACAGUUCACCAGUAGAAAGAGACAACUGAUACUAGCAAGAUCUCCACCAACUAUCAAAAGACCUGCUGACCAUGAGCCCAGCAAAGUCAAGACAAAACGUGGAAAACGUAACUGUGUGUACUGUUCAAGGUUGGGCAUCACAACAUCAUCUGGCAACCAUAUACAGACAUCCUGGGAAUGUACAACUUGUGCUGUUGCCUUGUGCAAAGACAAAGGUUGUUUUGCAAGGUUCCACAAUUAUGUUAACUAAUCUGUGAAUUAUCAGACAUAAAACUGACAAACUUGCGUGAAUUUGAAAGACUUACCUGUAAACUUACCUGUGCACACCUGUAUACUUACCUGAGGAUACCUGAGAUGACUUCAUAACUCAUUAAUGAUACCAUAGAACUUUAUAUGACAAUAUAUUAAGUGAUUGUUAAUUUAGGAGUAGUGAUUUUUAUUUUGAGAGAUGAAGUGACCAUGCAGACUUUUUGCAGUUAGUGAAUAUAUUUUCUUCAUGUUACCUUUGCAAUAUUCUUACCUUUACGUUAUUUUACCUGUACAUACUGACUCAUGAUGCCUUCAUAGCAAACCUGAUUACUCUGCCUCUCUGACUUUGUGAAUAUUUUGCAAGAUUUAUUGUGAUUUUAUGCUUAAAUACACUCCAUUGAAUUCUCAGGUGUUUUUUACAGGUAAAAUCGAUAAUAUAUAGGUAAUUUGACAGGUAAUGUAAGGUGUGGUGCCAAUUUAACUGCAUGUUCACGUAGCUUUAUCACCUGGCAACAUUUCCUGAAAAUUUUAUUAAAAUUGGGGUUAUACUUAAAAAGUUAUUAAAGAUUUAGUACU